AUGCAUUCGCCGCUGCAACCAUCCUGAAUGCAUAUGCAACACAAUUGGAAAAGAAGAGACGAAAAUUGAAUUUAUUCGCACCAAAACGCACAACAACAGUAAGGUUAAAAGUGCCCACUAUAGAACAAAAAAAAAAAUAACACAUCAUUCCCUGACCAAAUUUUCAUGACCGACGACGAUGUCCGGCGACCAUUGAGGGAAAGCAAAAAAAAAUAUUGGAAGCCCUUCCACCAACGAGGCGGCCAGGUGCUGUUGCUACUGAUGGGUCACCCCUGCCGCAAACAUCAACCACGCCAGUAGUGAUUCAUUUGUCCAAACCAAACAAACAAGUAAACAAACAAGCGUCAGAAAAAGAACACGGAAGAAGGAUCCCAGUGGUAGUAGAGUUUGGGUGCCACGCGCGCUCUGCUCAUCGGUCCUGCGAUGGUGGCGGUGAACGAUUCGCUCGUCCCCGGAUGGGACUCGCCGGACUAUUUUCGGUUGUUUAGCGAAGGCUCCCCCUCCAACGAAAGCACCCGUCCGGGGCGCUCCGCCGCGUUUGGUUUGCCUGGGAAUCACGGUGGGUCCAAUGGCACCGGUGGCGGUAGUGCUGCUGGUGGUAGUGUCGGUAGUGGUAACAAUAGUGCGACGGUGGCUGCUGCGGCUGCCAACGGUGCCUACCAGGUGUACUACCCGGGUGAUUCAGAGGGCAGCCGGAACGACACGCGCGUCGGACGAGGCGAACCCGGGGGAAGCAAUUUCAUGCUGCUCCUGGAGGAUUUCGGUGAAUAUUUUUACAACUAUAAUGGAACUGGACCACCGAACGAUACUCUCGGGCUCGGCGGCACCAGCGCGGGAUUCCCGAUCAACUGCACGGUCGCCAACUCCACCUGCGACGUGCCGAGUGAAGACCACUACAACUACUGGGGCCUGAUCCUGGUGCUGUUUCCGAUCCUGACGCUCUUCGGCAAUGUGCUCGUGAUACUGGCCGUGUGCCGGGAGCGGACUUUACAGACGGUGACCAACUAUUUCAUAGUGUCGCUCGCGUUGGCCGACCUGCUCGUGGCGGUGGUGGUGAUGCCGUUCGCCGUCUAUGUACUGCCAAAAGAGCAGCAAAACAGCCGGAAAGAAUGGUGCUACGAGCGCUUCUUGUAG